GCCGAAACGCGGGGUAUGAGCCGCGCGGGCCGCCGUAGUCAGCUGCCGCGAGCAGGAAGUGUCCGACGGCGGGCGGAGACUGCACGAUGGCCCCGGACCCCUGGUUCUCCACAUAUGAUUCUACCUGCCAGAUUGCGCAAGAGAUUGCCGAGAAAAUCCAACAGCAAAAUCAGUAUGAAAGAAAUGGUGAAAAUACAAUCAGGGUCCAGCCUGAUGACUGGAGGGGCUAAGCGAGGAGUCCCCAACCCUUGGCUCUUUGAGGAGCCGGAGGAGAUCAGAGGUUUGGGUUUUGAUGAAAUCCGGCAACAGCAGCAGAAAAUUAUCCAAGAACAGGAUGCAGGCCUGGAUGCCCUGUCCUCUAUUAUAAGUCGCCAGAAACAGAUGGGGAAGGAAAUUGGGAAUGAACUAGAUGAACAAAACGAGAUAAUUGAUGACCUUGCCAACCUGGUGGAGAACACAGAUGGGAAGCUCCGCACUGAGACCAGGCGUGUGAAUAUGGUGGACAGAAAGUCAACGUCUUGCGCUUCUUCAUCUGCUCUCUUGGACGGCUUCAUGGUCAACCGGAAGUUCCACAGUCUCAGACCCGGACUGCACCUGAAGUUCAAGGAGAGACCAGACAGGAACCUUCGUAAUGAAGCAGGCCACCGCGAUGACCUCCAGGGACAAAUGGGAGAGUAAACAACAGAUUGUCGCCAAGUGGGAAUGCCGUGCCGGUCAUCUCUCUGCUUGUUUUCUUGGGAGAAGCCUGAAAUCUGGAUCUUCAAGUGAGAUCUCCCAGUAUUUUAGUGUUGACAGUAAAUUAACAUUUAAAAAAAUGUCCAUGUGGGCCAAAUAAAACAUGUCACAGCGUACUUCUUGGGGACCUCUCGGUAACAUGCAUCCAGUCCGUCCCCCGGGCCUAUUUGGAAAUGACUCUGAGAUCUCCCUCUUCCCUCUUCAUCGCUUGAUGUUCUCACCACUCUGUUUCUGGCUCUUGUCACUUUUAUGUGGCCAUUAAAGAUAAUAAUGACAAA